UCUCAAAACACCACGUCACCUUGUUUCUAAAUCUUUCUAACCAAUACGCCAUAAAUAAUUUUGACACAGAGCAUAUUGGAAUAGUGUUUACAUUUUUUCUUACGUUCAAAAUUAUAGAAAUUUCGGAAGGAGAUUAACUUGCAAAUCCCAUCUUUACUUAUGCUAUUUUAAACAAUAAUACGUAAAUAUUAAACAAAUAUUUUCUCGUAUAACAAUUAAACGUGUAUCAAAACAAUUUCUUUAAAUUGGAAGAAGUGUGUUACCAAACGAACCAAUAAAAAAUAGUGAAAAACGAAAACUAUUCAUCGUUGUAGUAAUGUGUAAUCAGAGUGUGCUAAAAGUUUUAGUUUUUGGGCUAACUGUCGCUGGUUUUAGUUUAGCUGUAACAUCUACAUUCACGAACUAUUGGGUAAAAAUUCCAGCAAAUAAUGGACAUGCAGGAUUGUGGCAAAAUUGUACAACAAAACAAAAUGAUCCAAAAGAUAUUUUGUGUUGGGAUACUGACAACAAGUCAAAAUAUUUAGUUUCUGCAAAAGUAUUUAUGAAUAUGGGUUGGAUCGCGUAUGGUUUUUCUUUAGUAGUAUACGUUCUAAGUCAUCUAAAAUAUUUAAAAUACACAACCUGUGGCACUCUACUCAUUAUGACAGUUAUAUACUUGGUGAUUGCAUUAGUUUUGUUCGCGAUUCAUGUAAUUAAGCUUGAAGUCGUUGUUUUUAGUUGGUCGUACAUGAUUGGAUGGUGUUCAGUAGGAAUUGCUCUUGUUUCAGCUUUUUUUUCUUUUAUGAUAAAAAAAAAGUCUCACGAAUAUGAAUCAUUUUAGUAUGCUUUGAAGGCAAAAAAACCUUUUUAAAAGUUGUAUGAAAUAUUAAACAACAGGUUUUAUAUAUAUAUAUAUAUAUAUAUAUAUAUAUAUAUAUAUAUAUAUAUAUAUAUAUAUAUAUAUAUAUAUAUAUAUAUAUAUAUAUACAUAUAUACACACAAUUUUAUUUUUUUAUUUGUCUGUAAUGACCACUAAAAAAUAAUAAUAUUACACGCAACUGUUGUUAUUUAGGCCAAAAUAAAAAGUCAGUUCACAACUCGAGAAGCAUAAUCUAGGGUUUAAACCAUAAAUAAUUGAGCAAAUAUUUAGUAUUCAAUACUCGAAUACUACUUUACUACGAGAGUUUUUUUUAUAAUUUUAUAACUCAUACCUUAAUUUUAAAUUUUAAUUAAUUAUUAAGCUUAAAAAAAAACUUUUAAUUAUAAUGUUUUAAUUUCAUAUAAUAUUGCUAAUUCGAAGAAAUGUACAUUUCUUCGACUUAUGCGACGUCGAACUUAAGCGACUUUGCUUAAGUUCGAACUUAAAGGCCGUUUUCCACAAGACGAAAUAUUCGCGCGAAGCGAAUUUUUUCGUCGGAAAGUAUGCGCAGAUAAAACAUUUCUAGCAAUUAUUGCUAAUUAUUGCGAGAAAUGUUUUAUCUGCGCAUGCUUAUCGACGAAAAAAUUCGCUUCGCGCGAAUAUUUCGUCUUGUGGAAAACGGCCUUAAGCGACUACUUCAAGCUUAAGCGACGUCGCUUAAGUUAUUGGAUUUUUUUUUUUUAUUAUUUUUUAUUGCGCAUUGUGCAUAAUUAAAAAAGUGAGAACGAGUGAAAAGUUUAAUCUGAAUCAAUUGUAAUAUUUAUACAAGUAUAUUAAUUGAUUGAAA